AGGUAGCCGCAAAGAAUGCCGCCCUAUGUUCCAUUUUUUCUCGCAUUCGUACAGUCUGAUUGGAUAAAAACCGUGAAGGACAAGUUAAUUCGUUCAUCACUCUCAUCUCCCGGAAAAAAAUCCACCUUUCACGAAAAAUUUGGAACAGGCGCGGCCCGAUGUAGACCGGUGAUUGUGGAGGGCUUUCAUUGCUCUUUUCCCUGUGUGUUUUGAACAUGGAACGAGACGCUAAGGGGAUGUGUCCCUUUGUGGAAGAUAGUUUCAGCCGCUUCUCGUCACAGAGUAACAUAUACGGGUUGUGCCAGGCCGAUGACCAGGACCUGCUCGCGGCAACACUUAAAGGCAAAGUUGUAUGUUUCAAGUAUCAAGAUUUCCGACAAAAAAUACGUCCAGUUGCCAAAGAAGUACAGUUCACCUAUAUCCCAGUUGAUGCAGAGAUCGUGUCUAUUGACUCAUUCAACAAGUCCCCGCCCAACAGAGGCCUGGUUGUUGGGAUCACAUUUAUCAAGGACUCUGGUGAUAAGGCUAGCCCAUUCCUCAACAUCUACUGUGACUAUGAACCGGGGUCAGAAUUCAACCUGGAGUCCAUUGCACAAAGCUGUUUGAACCUGGAGCUACAGUUUACCCCCUUCCAACUCUAUCACACUGAGAUACAGUGUGCUGAUGGCUGCUUUGAAACUGUAUUUCUGCUGAGUGGGCAUGACCAGCGCAUACACCUAUACAAAGAGAAUGCCUCACUGCACCAAUUUGAGGAACACCCAGUGGAGAGACUCUUCCCAGAGCUGCAGGAACUGCCCAGCAAUGUGCUGUGGCUGGAUGUGUUGGGUAUACCUGGUGGUCGGCGGCUCUCUGCAUUUGGCUGUCAGAACGGCUGUGUGGGGCUUGCCCUGGUGGAGCAGACUGGACUUGGAGAAAUCGCAAGCAAAAAAAAACAAGCCACCUUUGAACAGGAGAAAAAAUUAAUCAGGGACAUCACACAAUUAAAGACGUCUCGUCCCAGCUCCACCCACCAUCCUUCAGGAACCCAAGAGCAUCUUACAAAACCAGACAGUGAGAGCUACAAUCUGCUGGUGACCAGCACUCUGGAGGUAGCUGUGGUAUACAGGGAUGUACAAGUGUGUGGGAUGAGCCAGCCAGUCUGCCUCCAGGAAAGUGAUCAGUAUGACUCUGUACUCUGUGCACUUGUCACUGACCUGAACUUCGACGGACACAGAGAGAUUCUACUGGGCACCUAUGGACAGGAGCUGCUGUGCUAUAAAUUCAACCAUUCAGACAGGCGGCAGGGCUUAGGGGCAAAGGAACACUUUGAGCUUCUGUGGAGGCGGAGCUUCAAGAGUCCUCUGCUGUCAAUCACCUACCUGGACCUCACUGGAGAUGGGCUUAGGGAGCUGGCCAUUCUCACUCUCAAGGGGCUGCAUAUACUGCAGCACAGUCUGAGUUGGACUGCUGAUCUGGUCCUUGAGUGCCUGACCAAGAGGCUGACACUGUUGCACAAUGAGCCAGAGACCCAGGCUGCCACUUCUCAGAACAGUGAAGAGUGCACAGAUAAGGCCAGAGACUGCUGGGAUCCAGAGACGAAGGAACAGGACAUCACUGGACUUUAAUUUGUGCCACUUAUUUAUCAGUUUUCUCUUAAUUUCAUUGUUCGCUGUCUGUAGUGUUUCAAGGCAAUCCCCAUGCCAUUUACAACUAUAUUGAAGGAUUUCUUAGUUUUGCUAAUAAUGUGUAACUUAGGCUUGUGUUUAAACAAAACAAAAUAUUAUCUGUACAAUUGUGCAAAGUUAAAUGUUAAACUAUUUUUGUUCUCCUGCUGCAGUUCCUUGGCUGACCACAGGGAAGCAAUGUUGGAUCUGUUUUGUUAAAGCCACUGGCUAAGUAAUGGUGAAGUCUUUUUUCUGAACCUACAGAUUCUGUACAAGUGAUAUGAAACAGGAUAGGAACCGUUUUUAAUGAGAACAAUGUGUGAAAUCUGGGAGAGCAUAAAUAAGAAGCCCAUGUAACAAAAUGAGAAUAAAAACCACAAUUUUAACCAGCA